UAUCUGGGGUCCUUUCCUUCGUAGUCGCUCAUGUGACACACAUCAACAGCGCCUAGUCAAGUCAAGUGUAACCAGCUAGCCGGUUAGCAUGAAUUUCAAGAUCUUGUUUGAGUCAUAACAUCAAACUUUAGGUGCAUUAACGCCACCUUGCUUUAGUACAGUUUGAAAAUAACAGUUGUGCAGUGUUGAAUACAAACGGGAAUUUUACAGCUAAUCUGACAACCAUGUGGAGCACCAGCCGUCAUGUCCUUCAGGAUCUAGUCCGGGAGUUUACGAAAAAGACACAUUCCUCGGUUCAGAGUUUUUCACAAACAUCAUGCAAGAAUACAGUUGUGGUCGAGCGUUGGUGGCAGGUCCCAUUGUCCAAAGAGGGCCGCCCACCAAGACUGUACCCUCGGCGACAUCGGGUCUACAAAGUGGUAGAGGACACAAAGCAUGCUCCUAAGGAGAAGAUGGAACUCAUCCUCUCACAGACUGUGGCUAAGCUUGGUGGGCGAGGUGACACUGUGUUUGUGAAAAAGUCUGUUGGACGCAAUAACCUCUUGGCCCAAGGCCUGGCAGUCUACCCAUCACCAGAAAACAAAGCGAUGUUUGCAGAGGAGCUGAGGCUUUUACAUGAAGGGAGGCCCGAGGAGAGAAUCCAAACCCGCACAGGACAGCUGACGGUGGAGAUCCUGAAGCAUAUGGAGUUGAAGGUUGAGAAAAGAACCUCCAUUGAGUAUGACAUCACCAAAGAGAUAGUCUGCAGACAGAUUCUCCAGAAGCGGGGCAUAUUUGUGCCACCUCAUGCACUGAGACUACCAGAAGAGUCAAUCAAAGACCUGGGAGAUUACUGGUGUGAGGUCACAGUUAAUGGGAUAGAUACUGUGCGCAUCCCCAUGUCGGUGGUGCCCUUUGAAGACCCUACAGCGACUGGGCGCAAACUGUUGAAAAGGCAAAAGCAGAAUGUCGCAGCUGCAGUAGAAGAGGCCCCUAUUCCAGAAGCGACUCAGGAAAAAGACAAAGAACCCCACGAUUGAGGACUAAACUUUAAGUACUCCAAAGCUACUUUGUCAUUACUAGAUGCUGCCGGGGCGGUUUACUGUUUGACUCCUGACAAUAAAUGAUUAAAGCAUCUUUGGAUCUGUUUUGAAAGUGCAAGAUUGAGUUA